AUGACAACAACGCAAAACAAAAUCAAUUGGAAGGAUAGCAACUUGGCUCUUUUCGGGUCCGAUUUAGAGAAGAAAAUCAAAGCUUCGGCUGCAGAAAAAGAGGAAGCCUGGGAAGGUCUCGAAUGGCCAAAGAAAAAGUAUGGAAAGUUUCACAAAGGAGACUCAUAUAUCAUCUUGAAUACAUCCAAACCGGACUCUGCCUCUGAGAAACUAGAGCAUGACAUCCAUAUUUGGAUUGGCGAAGAAAGUAGUCAGGACGAGUAUGGAACAAGUGCAUAUAAAAUGGUGGAACUUGACGACUUUCUAGGAGGAACUGCCACCCAGCAUCGUGAAAUCCAAGGCAAAGAAAGCGACCUUUUCUUGAGCUACUUUGGUCACAUCACCUACUGGGAAGGAGGAAUCGAAAGUGGAUUCCGUCACGUUGAGCCCACGAAAGAUGAACCUCAUUUGUUUCGCAUUAAAGGGUCUGAAAAGUCGCAUAGUCUUCGCCUUACACAGGUCCCGCUACGAAGAGACUGUAUCAACUCCGGCGAUGUGUUCAUUCUAUCCGCUGGAGACGAUCAAGUUUGGAUGUGGGUCGGAAAGGAAGCUAACAAUGAUGAAAAAGCAAAAGGCACACAGGUAGCUGAAGUUAUGUGCUCAAAAGGUAGUGUAGAAGUACUAGAUGAGGGUGUGAACGAUGGCCCCAAAGAAGCAGAGACUUUUUGGAAGCAUAUUCAAACCGAAGUCAGCACCACAGGGUCUGCCAAACGCACAGUGAGCAUUCAGAGUGCAGAUAACAAGGAUGACAAAGGGAAAGCCUUUGUGCCUACUUUGUUCAAAGCGCCUGAAACUCUCGGUAAAGGAUUUGCCAAAAUUUGUCAAGCGAAGCCUACAGCAACUGGUCCAACAAAAGUGAAACUUCCAAAGUUGAACAAGUCGUUGCUCGAGGAAGAUGAAGUGCUACUACUUGAUACAGGCUUUCGUGUUUUUGUUUGGUUGGGAACAAAAGCAGAUCCAAGCAGAAAAUCAGUCGCCGUGCUUCAUGCAGACAGCUAUUUCAAAUCCAAGAAGCGGCCAAUGCUCCCUGUGAGCAUCGUCAAGCAAGACAGGGAAUCUGCUCAAUUUUCAGAUUUCUUUGUGGAAAAUACUGGUGGAUGCUCCUGUAUGAUAAUGUAA